AUGAUGCGUGUAGGAGUCAUCGGAGCUGGUGCUGCAGGGCUAGCGGUCGUCCGUGCGCUAACUGGACCAGAAGUGACUGGCGCUGCCGUCAAGGUCGUCGCCUGGGAACAGGCGCCACAGGUCGGCGGGACGUGGGUCUUUGAUCCGGAGCCGAUCGAGGCGAGGCAGGGCACUGAGCUCAUAACGGGAUCGGCGCUGUAUGCAUCACUGCGGACGAAUCUGCCCAAGGAAGUUAUGGCCUUUGACGAGAUGGCGUUCCCGGAUGAGGCACCGUCAUUUAUGCAUCACACCGAGGUGGGCGCGUAUCUGGAGAGCUACGCCGAUCGGUUUGGCCUCCUCGAGCACGUGCAGACAUGCACCCGAGUGGAGGACGCAGUGUUUGAUGUCGAGGCUGGUGUGUGGCGGGUAACGACGUUGAAGCGCGAGAGCGGCGAGGCUGAGUCCCAGAUCGAGACCGAGGUCGAUGCGCUGGUGGUGGCGACGGGCCACUUCUCAGAGCCCAAGUGGCCGACCGAGGUGGCGUGGGAGCGGUUCCGCGGACGGGUCAUCCACUCGCACACGUACCGGUCGCCCGAGGCCUGGGCUGGAUCGCGGGUCCUCGUCCUUGGCGCCGGGCCGUCGGGCAUCGACAUAGCGCGCGAGCUGGCGACGGUGGCCAAGACAGUCAUCCUCUCGCACCGGCGAGCGAGCGAGCCAGGAGCUGGUGCACAGCUCGCCGACUCGGUGCGUCUUCCCGGGGUCAUCGAGGCGCCGGUUCUCCGCGGGUUCAGCGAUGAUGGGCGGGCGGCGGCGUUCGACGACGGCCUUGUGGCCGAGAUCGAUGCCGUCGUGGUGUGCACGGGUUACCGCUACGUGUUUCCCUUCCUCCGCCGCAGUGACCGCGCCAGCAGUGUCACAGUCAUCGAUGAGGCCCGAGUCGAGCCACUCUACGAGCACCUUUGGCAUACCCACCUCGGCGAGAAGCUCGCCUUUGUGGGUAUUCCAUUCAAGGUCAUCCCAUUCCCGCUAUUCGAGGUCCAGGCCCGCUGGAUCGCCGCUGUUGUGGCCGGUCGGGUAACGCUGCCAGACCCACUGGCAAGGGCCGAGGCCGCCGCUGCACAAGACCGCAAACGUGCAGCCCGCGGUGUCCACGCCCGGUACACCCACCGGCUCGAAGAGUGGGACGCAUACUGCGCCCGAGUGGCGGGCGUGACCGGACACGAGUGGUCGCCGCACCGCAAGGCCAUCUACGACGACGUUGCCGCGCAGCGGGCAGCCGAUCCCGAAGGCUACCGCGACGUCGAGUACAGCUCUUGGGUCACGGCAUAG